AUUGUGCUAUGAUGUCUGAAAGAAGCAUGCAUAGACGAGUGUAGAGAACUAAACAUUAAGAGAGGUAAAGUGGGCAAUAAAAUAAGCUGGCUGGCAUCGAAAUAGCCUGCAGCUCGUAGUUGGAAUUUGCUCGAAUGCACACGGCGCACAGCUCGGAUAGUGAUAAUACUGCAGAGUUUACUCUCUUGUGCGCGAUGGCGAUGUGCGCUUGCGCGCGACCUUGGUCGCGAACUCGACAAGAGUUAUGCCGGUCGGUUGUCAAGAUGCCGGGUAUGAGUGAACAAAGAAAGUGCGUGAAUUCGGCUUAGUUUAGCUCCACGUGUUUCUGUAAAAAUACAAUAUUAUUGUAAAAAUACAAGUAUAUUCUAGAUACAUGCUUGUCGACUCAUUUUUUACGUCAAAGCCCUUUUACAUAAUUAACGGAUGCAAAAAUUAAUGAUUAAAAAUUUGUUAAUCCUCAUCGAAUUUAUUUUAAAAAGUAUUAAUGUAUCAAAUGAGUAAAAAAUUAGACAAAGAGACCAUGAUUUUAAGAAACAAAAUCAUCAGAAAUCGAUUUACCAGUGCAAAGCUAAUCUUUUUUUUAUGAAAAAGAAAAAAGCGAUUUAUUGAUCUACAUUGUAUAAAGCAGUAAAGUUUCAAGCCACUUGACACUUCAUUCUACAUGUCAGAUUACCUCAAGCAAAUUUUCAUUUUCAUUUUGAUCUCAUACUGUGGAUCCCCCUUUUGACUCGAAGGCACAUUCUCGUCCUUAUAGCUAGCUUGCUAUUGCUCGAGGUACUUGCGAUUUUGGAAGAGUAGCGGGUUCCUCCUGCAUCCGCCAGGAGCGCACGGCUGAUAUAAAAUGCAAAUGGACAAAAACUACUGCCAGUCGAGGUACUGCUACUGAGUCGAAAGCAUCGUGCGUCGUCAAUCUCCGCCAGACGUUACAAUCCAUAGACAUCGUGCCAUAAUUAUACCACUCAGCAUUUCAAUCAGGUUCCGGCAAACCCCGCAUCAAUCGAGAAAUUCCUGUUGAUUCAUUUGAGAUCAAUAACUACCGCAGUGAAUAUAAUGGCUAGCGAGGUUACACAAAGGUCAAAAGAAGAAACAAUGAACAUUUUAAAGGAGUUGAAGCAAAAUCUAAAGGAUGCAGAGGAGACAAUGAGAGAGAAGGUGAAACAUGAAGAUGUGGCAAUGUUCGUUGGAAGCACUAAGGCUGGAAAAAGUACGCUCAUCAAUUAUUUCAUAGGCAAUCCAUUAGUUGGACGUAAAGAUUCUGCUGUUAAAGGCAAGUUCAAUCCUACUAAAGUAUAUAAAGCUAGUAGUGCUGAGGGACCAGAAAUAGGAUGUGAAUCUGCAUCUGCUACUACUAUGCCCAGUAGAUGGAUAGCAUCGGAAAAAUUUUCUAAUUUAGUUAUGUGGGAUUGUCCCGGGUUUUGCGACAAUAGAGGACCAGCGCAAGCUAUUACCAAUGCUUACUACAUUCAUCAUAUUUUUCAAAAAAUAAAAUCUGUGAAGAUCGUUUUAGUGGUCGACUUAAACGAUAUAAUCCAACACAAAAUCAAUCCAUUCAUAACAUUGUUGACUUCAGUAGAGAAUGUUUUUAAAGAAAAAAUUGAGCAAUGUUAUUCAAGUUUUGCAGUGAUAUUUACGAAAGUUCCUUUUGAAAUAGAAGAGGAUAAAGUAGAUAUCGAUUAUUUGGUAGACAUACUAAGACGUCAGGUUCUCUCAAGUUCGGCUCUUAGUAUUUCCAAAUAUUCUCGAAAUUUGGUUCAGUUUUUUGUAGAUCAUCCACGAAACAUUGGGUUUGUCAGGAAAGCUACAGGUGGAGUGAUUUCUGGCGAUAUUGAAGUCAAUCUUCUACAAGCCGUAAGAGAUGCGACCCGUGUACCCGAUACUCUGUUGAAGCAAUUCUCAUUUCCGAGCAUUGAUUCUGACUCAAAAGUAUUUUUGUUUGAAGUGAGAAAUGACUUAUCUUCGAAGAAAACUUUUGAAGAAGUAGUCGAAGUUGUAAAAAGCGUUCUAAAAAAUAUCUUGAGUUAUUUCGAGAAUGUCAGAAAAAAUAAAGGCUUACCAAAAGGUCAACUACAUGCAGAAAAGCAAAAAUUGUGCAAGUUGAGAAAUCAAAUUGAAAGUAGCUCUACGGUAGCCGUUGAUGUAUUCACUAAGCUUCAAGUCCUCAAACAAAUCGAUCCUAUAAUCAGAGACAAAAUUGAGAAUUCCGAAAUCGAAGAUACUCUGCGACUGAUGACGUUUAUCGACGGCUUGUUGAACAUGAAAGAAAGCGAUUUAUGCAAUUUGAACUUGAAGAGCAUUAUGGAAACUGUCGCAUCUCAAAUGAGUAAAAUUGUCGUGGAAAUGCAAUGUGACUUGCACGAAAUUGAUAUGAAAGAAGCUAACAGGCAGAUAGAUGCGAUAAAAGAGGAGUAUGAGAAGAAAAUGCAAGAAAUAAAAGUCGAAGCUAAGGAAGCUGCUGAACAUAAUCUCGAUGUUACGAAAAAAUUAGGUUUUGCGGCCAGAGCGGGCCACGCAGUGGAUAAAGCGGUUGAAGCAGUUGGCAAUGCAAGUGUAAAAGUUGCAGAAGCGGUGUAUAAUGUAGCUGACUCAAUAAUAUCUUUCUUUUGGUAAUACCAUGCUAAUGGUAUAAAGUAAGAUGAUUUUUUAUACAUGUAUUUAUUACACUUCUUAUUUACACGAUAAGCUGCCCUGUGCCAUUAUAAUGUAAUCAUAGCAAUGUAAUCCACACAGUUACUUCAUAAUCACCAAAUAAAUGUGAAACUUUGAUUAAAUUAAAAAAA